CUGCGCUGAGCACGGCUCUGCCCGCCAAGGAAUGACCCACCCGCCCUACACCACCACAGCCUCUUCCAGCAACCCAGUCAUGACCCAGAGCAACCAGAGCUGCUCCCGUCAGGACAUCACCUUCAAGAGCAGCCUCUACGCCACCACCUACACCCUCAUCUUCAUCCCGGGGCUCCUGGCCAACAGCGCUGCCCUGUGGGUCCUGUGCCGGUUCCUCAGCAGGAAGAGCAAAGCCGUCAUCUUCAUGAUCAACCUGGCUGUGGCCGACCUGGCCCACGUCCUCUCACUGCCCCUGCGCAUCUACUACUACAUCAGCCACACCUGGCCCUUUGGGGAUGUCCUGUGCUUGCUCUGCUUCUACCUGAAGUACCUCAACAUGUACGCCAGCAUCUGCUUCCUCACCUGCAUCAGCAUCCAGCGCUACUUCUUCCUGUACCACCCCUUCCAAGCCAAGGGCUGGAAGCGCCGCUACGACGUGGCCAUCAGCGCCCUGGUCUGGCUCGUCGUGGGGGCCCUCUGCGUGCCCUUCCCCAUCAUGAGGAGCCAUGGGCUGGGUGCCAACACCACCAGCUGCUUUGCCGACCUGCAGGUGAAGCCGAUCGACAGCAAGGUGGGCACGGUGCUGAUGACCGGCACCGCCGAGCUCCUGGGCUUCGUGGGCCCGCUCGUCAUCAUCUUAUUCUGCACGUGGAAAACAAGAGACUCCAUCCGGGGCUUCCAUAUCCCAGAGGAAAACAGCAGUGAGAGGAGAAAGGCCCUCAGGAUGGUUUCCAUGUGUGCCAUUGUGUUCUGUGUGUGUUUUGCUCCCUACCACAUCAACUUCUUCUUCUACAUGUUGGUGAAGGAGAAUGUCAUCACCGACUGCUUGCUGAGCACCAUCACACUCUACACCCAGCCCUUCUGCCUGAGCCUCGCCAGCUUCGACUGCUGCUUGGAUCCCAUCAUCUAUUUCUUCAUGACCUCCGAGUUCCAGGAGCAGAUUUCCAGGCACAGCAGCAUGGCCAUCCGGAGCCGGCUCAUGAGCAAAGAGAGCGCCUCGUCGAUGAAGGAAUGACAAGAAAGCCACUUGGAAGAAACUAAGGCAUUUCAUGUGAAAUCUGAGACUGGUCUGGGAUACUCCAUUACCAACUCCAUUGUGGAAGAUCCUGCAGGUUUGUCCAAGGGAGUUUUGUGGCAGUGGAAUUUUUUUCAGUAUGUAGAAGAUAAAACCUUGUCUAAGACUGGUGUGUUGGAAUCUGGUGAGUGGCCCGAUUGAUGUGACUGUCCCCCUUCCUGUGCCAUCCCCACCUGACCUCACUCGACUAGAAAAUACACAGGAGGGAGUAAAAAAACUUUUAGUGGGAAAAGGUGGAAAAGUCCCAAGCUUUUCUUCUAUUUUCCCAGUUGCAGGCUCUAUGAUCAAGCCAGAGACAAUCCCACAUUCAUACACUGACAUCUGCUGAAGGAUCUUCUCAGGGAAAACCACACAAGGACCUAAAACUGGCCAGUAGCAACCAAAGGACAUUGUGGUUUGUGCAGUGGGGGCUGUGGACAGGUGAAGGUGUGCAGGUGGUUUCCAUGUGCUCCUGGGUUUGGUGCAUCCCACUGGUCACCAGUGACCUCUGCUCCCCCUUUCCGCACUCACCCUCCUGCUCUGCUCCUCCUGUCCCUCCUCACCCACCUCUGUUUGCUCCCUAAUUGCUGACACAUCCCAGAACUUGCACCUGCCGCUGGUGCAAGACCCUCUGCAAGACAAAUUCUCCUCAAACAUCCUGAGAGUGGCACCUUCCCUUGCUCCAGGUGACUUUCUUCCCCUCCAAGCUGGCAAGGUGGACAUGGGCAGGUGGCUUUUGCCUUUGGACCCCUUGGGGCAGGACCAUGGUGGUCCUGGGGUCAGUGCAGGUGGGUUUGAUGGUGCUGGUGGUACCACUCAGGUUCUCACUCCCUUCUGUUUGUGGUCCAGAGGUACCUGAGAUGAAUCUGCCCCGAAAAAGCUCAGCUCAAACUGUUCAGUUGAUGCAUCUUUUAAAAAAGAGAGGAGUCCUUGCCAAGGUGAUUUCACUGAUAGACUGGAAAUUAAGUUCUAAACUAUUGUGAUUUUUUUUUCCACCAGGUCCUGUCAUGAUCCUAAUGUUUACAUUUUUAGGUAGCUAUGCAAAGCAGCGACAAGGAAGGAUUCAUUUACCCCUUAUUUUUAAUUAGUUACAGCUCUUCAGCCGAGUCCACCCACUCUGUAACUUAAAGGGUAUCUCAUGACACCUGGGGAUGGAUUUGGCUGAACAGUCACCAGUUUAUUGCCUUUGGAAAUCAGUAUAUUUUCAAAAGAAUGUGAACAAUUUGUACAGUCUUGCAACAGUUGCUACAAAACCAGAAGAAAUACCAGAAACACUUGCUAUGCGUAUUUUAACCCAAACCACUCAAUUCCACUGAAUUACAAUGUAACUCAGCCAAAUAUUUCCUUAUAUUGUGUUUUCCCACUUCUCUGUUUUACAAAAAAAAAAAAAAAAAAAAAAAAAAAAGGAAAA